GACGGCGUCUGGACUUGAGUAUCGUCUGUCUUCCUUUUCUUCAUAUUUUCCCUCGACUGAUAUGGUUGCCAUUAGUCCAUGGUUUUGAUAUUGUCCAUGGAGACAUCACUAGUUCCAAUAUUCUGGUGGAUAUCCAGGAAGGGAAAUACCGCGCGUGUCUCACGGAUGUCGGAUUGGCGACAAUUCUUGGCGGCCGUUUAAGUAACCGUAUCCAAGGAUCAAAUGUUCGACGUGAAGCAACCAGGUGGACUGCACCUGAGUUGCUCAAUGGCGGCAGCCCGACCAAACAGACCGACAUGUAUUCUUUUGGUUGUGUCACGUUCCACGUGUUAACUCUGGACAUUCCUUGGCAUACGAACGAUGACUCUACAGUGCUUGAAAACAUUCGUAGAGGAGUGUGCAUUCCGCGUCCUGCGACAUCGGAUUCGCCCGAUAUGACGGACUCACGUUGGAAUGUGAUCACGACGUGUUGGUCAGCCGAGGGGUCUCGUCCAUCUGCCUUUAUGAUCAUAGACUUCUUGAACAGCGAACUGAAGGCUUUAUCAGGCAAUGUAGAUAUCCCUCGCGACUUCACAUCUCAAAUUUCUGAGACGUUAAAUUCGGGUGAACCUCCAUGUGAUUCUGGUUCCUUUGGCGUAGUUUAUCGGCGCACUAUCAAGUCUAGCGAAGGCACGAUGGAGGUUUGUCUGACCAACUUGUCCCGGCCCAUCAAUUGUCCGUCUAAUAACCAUCAGGUCGCAGUGAAGAUAUUUAAGAUUGAUCCUGGGAGAGCUACGGAUAAACUUGAAAAAGGGAUACGUCGAGAACUCAGGGUGUGGCUUAAACUCAAACAUUCGACUAUCGUCCCGCUACUUGGCAUCGCAAACGUCCUAGAUUCUCAAUUUCCGGCUCUUAUUUCCCUAUGGAUGUCCUCUGGGACAUUAUAUACGUACCUCGAGCGGCAAGGCACAAUUACCGCAUCCGCUCAAGUCGAAUUAGCCAAGGGCGUCGCUGAUGGCCUCGAGUAUCUUCACUCCGAGGGUGUCGUUCACGGGGACCUUCAUCCUGGGAACGUGCUCAUCGAUGAUUUAGGACAUCCACGUCUCACAGAUUUUGGCCUCGCAACAAUCGCAGGGGACGUAGAGUCGCAGUUGAAUACGACGACCGCAGGCCGCAACUUCAAUCCUCAAUGGCGCGCGCCUGAAGUCAUUGGAAUCGAUUCUGACCCUGUACGACCGAAUUUUAAGAGUGAUGUGUAUUCUUUUGGUAGUGUCAUGUUCUAUAUCGUCUCGGGUUUUGCACCAUGGAAAGAAAAGAAAGUUCCACAUCAGAUCAUCAUCGAGCUCUCGAAAAAAGCGACUCCUGCACGUCCCGACAACAUCCUUGACGAUCCCUGGAACUUGAUUCAACAAUGCUGGUCUUGGGACCCAGCGAAUCGCCCAGAGGCGCCAGAGGUCGUUCGAAUCAUUGCAACGACAAACACCACCACUUUUGGAGAGAGUGGAAUGACGAAAAGCUCCCUACAAGUAGGCGAGCAGGCCGCGAAUAUCCCCGCAGACGACAACCUCCUUGACAAUGACUGGCGAUCUACACAAACAUCGGGCUCGUCGGAUUACUCGACUCCCGCAAACAUCAUGAAUAUCCCGUCAGUUCACAACCUCCUUGACGAUCCCUGGGAAAUCACCCAAACAUUAACAUUGAGCCCGUCAAAUCGAUCAGUGCCGACUCCCCCAAAGAGUCAGACGUUGAGGAAAGCGGUCAUCAUUGGUCGAUCUGGGGUGGGGAGAAACUCUGUCACCAACCUACAAGCAGGCGAGCAGGCUGCGAAUAUCCCCUCAGACGACAACCUCCUUGACGAUCACUGGAAAAUCGCCCAAACAUUGAGACCCUCAAAUCGAUCAGUGCCGACUCCCCCAAAGGCUACAUUCCACUAGUUGGUGUCUUCAUGAUACUGAUACAUUUUUAGAGUCAGACGUUGAGGAACGUGGUCAUCAUUGGUCAAUCGGGGGCGGGGAAAAGCUCACUCAUUAACAUGCUUUGCCCCGGGGCUCAUGCUCCUGUCUCG